AUGAGUAAAAAGGAACUCUAUUUUAAAUGUGAAAAUUUUCAAAAAACUGGCAGUUUCAAAGCUAGAGGAGCGCUGAAUGCAAUCAAAACUUCUCUAGAGAAAGGUGAAGUUCCUGCUAGAAUAGUUACUCAUAGUAGUGGAAAUCAUGGACAGGCUGUAGCAUGGGCCUCUAGGCAGUUAGGUCUGCCCUGUACUGUAGUUGUACCUCAAGGAACACCUACAGUCAAGUGUGAAGCAAUUAAGGAAUAUGGCGCUGAACUUGUUUUCUGUACUCCUUCUCCGACAGGAAGGAAGGAAGCAGCUGACAGAAUUGCAUCUGAGACUAACGGUCUAAUAAUUCAUCCCUAUGACGACUACAAUGUAAUAGCUGGACAAGGAACUAUUGGAUUAGAACUUCUGGACGAGGUUCCGGAUCUUGAUAUUAUUCUGGUACCAAUCUCAGGUGGUGGCAUGACCUCAGGAAUAGCAAUUGCAGCGCAUCAUAUUAAUCCUAAAUGCCAGGUGAUUGCAGUGGAACCUGUUGGAAAGAAUCUCCAGGAGAGCCUUCAAGCUCAGGAGAGAAAGUGGGAGAACCCUCCACAGUUUCUUAAUACUAUUGCUGAAGGGAUUAAAACACAACAGGUUGGUCACCUUACUUUUCCAAUUCUCUGCAAUCUAGUAAAACAGGUUGUAACAGUAACAGAUCAGGAAAUGGCGGAUGGUUGCAAAAUUUUAGCAGAACGAAUGAAGCUGGUUGUUGAAGCAGCCAGCGGAGCUGCCGUAGCAGCAGCUUUAUCGAAGCAGGUUGAAUAUAUGCCUGGUCUCAAGAUUGGGGUUAUUCUAUGCGGAGGAAACCUGGAUAUGGAUUCACUUCCUUGGCAGAAUAUCUAGAAUAUUCUUUAGCAUGGAUUCACUUCCUUGGCAGAAUAUCUAGAAUAUUAUUUAGCAUGGAUUCACUUCCUUGGCAGAAUAUUUCACUUCCUUGGCAGAAUAUCUAGAAUAUUCUAUAGCAUGGACUCACUUCCUUGGCAGAAUAUCUAGAAUAUUCUUUAGUAUGGACUCACUUCCUUAUCAGAAUAUCUAGAAAAUUCUUUAGCAUGGACUCACUUCCUUGGCAGAAUAUCUAGAAUAUUCUUUAGUAUGGACUCACUUCCUUGGCAGAAUAUCUAGAAUAUUCUUUAGUAUGGACUCACUUCCUUGGCAGAAUAUCUAGAAUAUUCUUUACUAUGGAUUCACUUCCUUGGUAGAAUAUCUAGAAUAUUCUUUAGUAUGGACUCACUUCCUUGGCAGAAAAUGCAGAAUAUUUUUAAGUACAGUGAGAACUAGAUAAUUGUGGAAUAGGAGGACGACAUUAAGAACUCUUCUUUGUAUUUGAUAUUGUUAAUAAGCAUACAAUUUUGCUAGUAACUAAUUAAAUCACUUCACAGGAAUCAUUUAAAAUUCAAACCGACUUAUAGUUCCGAUGGCGAAGAUGUCAGGUAAAAAAAUUUUGGACUUUUGAUCCGACAUCGGCAUGUUGGAAAUUAAAUGUUAGCUGGGUUAUUAAGUGAUAUGUGUCUGAUGUUAAUUGGACUAGUCAUAGCGUAAGUCUAAAAGAAAAAGUUAUUUUAUUAGUCUUAGUUUUAUAUUUUCUCACUGUAGAAACGUACAUUUUAAACCAUCAGAAGUACAGGGUGUCCUAAUAAACAUGGGUAUUCAGUGACGAAUUCGAUAUAGUCUUUGACAUGAAUUAGCAUUGUAAUACCUAAUUUUGAAAGCCAUAAUAUUAUCAUGUCUGCUAGAGUUUAUUCUAUUGAAACGGUAAAUGGUUGUAUAGAUAUGUCUUUAAUGUCUCCGCAAGAUAAACAGUGAAGACUGACAAGUUUACUAUGCUUGUAAUCUGCAAUUUUUUUUGUUUUACAAUCGUAUGCAGACAAAACAUAAACAAACAAAUUGUAAACAUAGCAGACGAAAA